AUGGAUAAUUUGGUAAAACAAAUGGAUAAUCUUGGAUUGACUCAGUUUGCUGAGAAGAGACCGGCUGGAACAACCGGGCUCCAAACCAAUUGUGUCGCCAAUCUUAAGAAAAUAGAACUUGUACCAAACGUUCCAAUUUACAAAUAUGACGUAAAUAUCGUCAUUUUUUAUACGAAGGAGACCGGCGAAGUUGUAUCGCAUGAAAUUACCAAGGAGUCGCGCAAUAGUGAUCAAAAUUUCCGAUCGAAAGACCAAUGCCGUGCUGCGUAUUUGUAUGUUCUCGAGCAUCAUAGAAACGUUUUCGGAAAAGAAAACACUUGUUUUUAUGAUCAACAAGCGUCGCUAUACUCCACAAAAGACCUCGGAGAGAAGAAUGUUUUCAUUAUUCCCACCACGGUUAUUACUCCACAGGCUUCUGCUCACGAAGUCAAGAUGAAAAUUGAACGCGUGGAUAUCGAAUUUCAAGCGAGUACAAACGAUAUUCAAGCAACGGUUCAUGUUGUUCCCAGAAAUGCGAACAAGACAUUGCUGGAAGCUUUAAACACAAUGCUCUCUGAAAUUCCGAACAACAAAAGAAACGUUUUCACCGUAAAUGGAAACAAUCAUUACUUAUUCGACCCACGCGACGAUGAGAGAUUUUUCACAAAAUGGGAAGGAACGGGAUUAUCGAAAGCUGUGAAAACAUUGGAAGGAGAUGGUCCCAAAGGAAAAUCGCAAUUAUAUAUGGUUGCUGAAAUGAAAAAGACGCUGUUUCAUAUUCCAGGAAAAAGUCUCGCGGAUAAGUUGUAUUAUUUGGAUAACAAUGUGGAGCGAUAUCAGCCAAAUAGCCCCCAAGCACAGAAGUUACUUAAAUUGGUCAAGAAUGUGGCUUGCUACUUGUGCUAUUCGACAACCAGUGACCCAGACAGCAGCGCUCCAAUCGUUACAGUUAAAGGGUUCGGGCCGCCUGCUAAUUCGAAACAACAUAAAUUCGAAUUUAAUGGAAAAGAAGUUACUGUUGAAGAGUACUUUCGCACUAAGUACAAUUUACAAAUUGCUUACCCUUCAAUGAUUACGGUGAAAGGAGAAUCUGGUAAACGAAAGGGAUUUUUCCCAGCUGAUCUUCUCUUCGUUUGUGAAAAACAAGUUGUGAGAAAUGAACAAAUGUUGCCCUUAGAACAACAGGCCGCCAUUAAGAGCUCGGCUAUACUUCCAUCAGUUCGCCGGGAACAAACGGAACGAAUUAUCCGCAACGUUGGAUUGCAAACAGGCGAAAAAAUUGGGGGAAUUCUCACAAUUGGGCGCGAGUUCAUCACUGUUCCUGCCAGAGUUUUAGCACCUCCGAACAUUAAAACGAAAGAUUCAAGCGCGACUGUCCGAGAGGAUAGUACAUGGAACGUCAAUAGAUUCGUGCAGCCGGUUAAAAUUGACAAGUGGAGUGUCGUUUUCAUUGAGGUCAAAGCACCAAAAUUUGUCGAUAUUCUUGUUCGACAAAUGAAGGAAACGGGAAUUUCAGUUGCUGCUCCAGCGGUCUCGUCAAUUGAUCAAUACAAAAAUAAUCUUGAAGAUGUAUUCGUUCAGGCGAAAAAAACUGGAACGACUUUCAUUUUCUUUGUUACUCGUGAUAGUUUGAAUUUGCAUUCACAAAUCAAAAGCUUUGAAAGAAAAUACGACAUUUUGACUCAAGACAAUCGGACGAAAACUGCAAACGCCCAAAGAAAGACGUUGGAAAAUGUCAUUAAUAAGAUCAACAUGAAGAAUGGCGGAAUGAAUUUUGUUCUUCCUUCUUGGGAAAAUGAUCAAUUCAGAAAGCGUUUGAUCGUUGGAUUCGAAACUUCGCAACGAAACACAAGCUCUGGGGGUCCUGUGAUUAUCGGAUAUUCAGCGAACAUCAUGGACCAUCCACAAAAAUUUGCGGGCGGUUUUAAGUUUGUUAAAAAGGAUUCUGACAUUUUUGGUGCAGUUGUCAAGGAAACGAUGAAAGAAGUCAUUCAAAAAGUGAAAGACCGUCGAGGUGUUGCAAAUGAAAUUUUGGUUUAUUUUAAUGGUAUCUCGGAGGGCCAAUAUACUUUGAUUAACGAACGCUACGUGCAGUCGAUCAAAGAAGCAUGCACUGAACUUUCAGCUUCAUAUCGUCCACACAUAACUGUUAUUGCCGUUUCGAAGACACAUAAUGAACGAUUUUACAAGCAGAAUAUCACCGGCAAAAACGCGAGAGAACAGAAUAUUCAACCGGGAACCGUAAUCGAUAAAGUGAUCGUAAGCCCUGUGGUAAACGAGUUUUAUUUGACGCCACAUGUUGCGCUUCAGGGAACCGCAAAAUCGCCAAAGUUUUCGGUUAUUUUUGAUACGAUGAAAAGAACAAUGGACGACAUCGAAACGUUCACUUAUCAAUUGUGUUUUUUGCACGAAAUUGUGUUCAGCCCCACUUCUCUUCCAGCACCGCUCGUGAUUGCGGAUAGCUUUGUCAUGCCAUCGAUUGAAGAAGAUAUCGAGAAGUUUAUUAAAAAAUGCAACGAGCAACUUUCAUACAAUGGCAAGAAACUGGAUGGAACCCGAUUCAAUGCCUAA